AUGAGCGAGAAAAAACGAGUGAAAAAAGAAGUAUUCAUCAGUGAAGAUGAAGAAAUCGUCAUUGUCAAGAAAAAGAAGCCAUCAUCGUGGAAAAGAAUUCUUGGUCGAUGUAUGCUUAGCGUUGUUUUGACUAUAGCUUCACUGAUUGUCCUAGCACCAUUUUUACUCCGGUUGUAUGGUGAUUUUAUUCUAACGAAAAUGCUUUUUCAAACUUGGUCUCGAUAUUAUCCAUGGAUUGAUUUAACCAAACCAAGUGCGUUCAGUCUCAAUGGAGUUAAUGUUUAUGAACAAACUGAACCGAAUGUUACGGUUGGACUUUGGUAUAUUGUACCAUCAGAUAUUGAAGUCGAUCAUAGUUUACCGACUCUUGGUGACCAUUUAAAGCACUAUGUUACUUCUGUUGACCAGCCAAUCAUUAUGUACCUCCAUGGUCAAGACGGAACAAGAGCAACACACUAUCGUGCAAAUCAUUAUCGAAUGAUGACGGCAUUUGGAAAUCAUAUUAUUGCACUUGAUUAUCGCGGUUAUGGAGAUUCAACGGGUACACCGAGUGUACAAGGUGUUGUUCAUGAUGUUCUCCAUCUGUUUAAAUCAAUUCGAAAAGCUUGUCCACAGAACCCGAUUACUAUUUGGGGACAUUCGAUGGGCACGGGUGUUGCAUCAUGGACAAUGCAUUAUCUAUUCCAAAACAUAACCAAUUAUAAGAAACCAUCCGGACUCGUUCUUGAAGCUCCAUUUUACAAUACUUUGCAAGGCUUAGUUUCCUAUCCACUCACUCGAAUCCUCAAAAUCAAUCCGUAUUUUAUGCAAGCUGCUCUUGACGCCUUAACGACAGUGAAACUUGAUUUUCCCAACAAUGAAAUUGUUGCCUCACUCCCAUUACCAACUGUGAUAAUUCAUGCCGAAGACGAUGCUGUCAUUCCGUACUUUCACAUCGAAUUAAUUCAAGAUUAUGUCAAACAACAUCGUGAUCAAAGUUUACCUGAAGUUCGUUUCGUCGUCGUUCCACGUUCAGCUGCUUGUGGUCAUAAUCAUAUAUAUUCGUAUCCGAAAUUUCAAGAUAUUGUCAGUGAUUUUGCUUUCCUGAAACGUUCACCUCCAACAUGA